GUAUGUUGUUUGCUUUGGUCGGCCCAAUAUUCAACAUUUUCUUGAUUUUUUCUUACAGAUCUGUCGAUUCAUGAGGGUGACGGUGAAAACAUGGCACCUUUAAUUCUCCCUCAAGCCAUAUCUUUUAUAAUCAAAGCCCGAUUAAACUGAGAGCGCAAGAGACGGAGAAUCGGUAUAUGAAUGAGAAAUCCGCCCACUCUUCUUUCACUCGCAAUUGACUCUGCUGUCCUUAAUUUCUCUCUAAUUUCCGAUCUCUCCUUCGUCCCCGAGCAUAUUCUUCUUGAUCUCUUCGAGAGGAUAUUAAUAGCUGGAAAAUUGAAUGAGAAGAUUUUGAAGUUAUUCAUCGCAACGGGUAAAGAAGAAGUCCUUUCUUUCAUUGAGUCACUUAAUAUCCGACAACCUCUGGUUCCUGUUCUUCCAACUAGAUGCUCUGAGAGAUUUUGAGGAAAGCUGAAAAUUAGCCUUUACCUGAGAUAUUGCUUCGAUUGUUGCUCUACUAGAAUCCUGAAACAUGUCUGAGGUUACCAUUAAAAAUGACGAGGUGGACAUUGUCAUUGGCGCUAUUCAGUCUGAUCUCACAUCAUUCAUGGAAGCAUGGAGACCGUUCUUUUCAAAUUUCCACCUAAUAGUCGUCAAGGAUCCCGAACUAAAAGAGGAACUCAAGAUUCCUGGUGGAUUCAACCUGCACGUCUAUACGAAGUCCGACAUUGAUAGAGUUGUUGGCUUGUCAGCGGGUAGUAUUUCUUUCGCUGGCUAUGCUUGCCGCUACUUUGGCUAUCUUGUGUCGCGUAAGAAAUACAUCAUCUCGGUUGAUGAUGACUGUGUCCCUGCCAAGAACAGCAGCGGGGAGUUGAUUGAUCCGAUAUCGCAGCAUAUCAUCAAUCUCUCGACCCCAGCCACUCCUUUCUUCUUCAACACUCUCUACGAUCCUUACUGCGAGGGGGCUGAUUUUGUCCGUGGCUACCCUUUCAGUUUACGAAGUGGAGUAGAAUGCGGCCUCUCGUGCGGGCUGUGGCUCAACCUGGCCGACUUUGAUGCACCUACGCAGGCACUGAAGCCUUCGUUGAAGAAUACUCGGUACGUCGAUGCAGUUCUGACAGUGCCAGCAAGGUCUAUGCUGCCGGUGAGCGGGAUUAACAUUGCUUUCAACGCUGAGCUGGUGGGGCCUGCACUGACGCCGGCAUUUAGGCUGGCGAAGGAGGGGAACCUGAGGUGGGAAACAGUGGAGGAUAUAUGGACCGGGAUGUGCGUUAAGGUCAUCUGCGACCACCUGAGGCUCGGCGUGAAGAGUGGGAUCCCGUACGUGUGGAGACAGGAGCGAGGCAACGCUAUAGAGAGCUUGAAGAAGGAGUGGGAAGGGGUGAAGCUUAUGGAGGACGUCGUCCCGUUCUUCCAGUCGCUGAGGCUGUCUGAGACGUCUGUGACGGCGGAGGACUGCGUGGCGGAGAUUGCUGCGGCAGUGAAGGAGCGGCUGGGGUCUGUGAAUCCGAAGUUCGUGAGCGCUGCGGCGACUAUGGUGGAGUGGAUGAAGCUGUGGAAGAGGGUGCGAGGUCAGUAGUUGUGGUAUGUGGUUCCAUUGCUCGGAGUUUGUGUUUGUGUCUGUGUCGAUGAAUUGAACUCUGUUUUAUUUGAGGUACUGGGAUAAUGAUGUUAGUUUUCCACUGUUGAAGGAUGUCCCAACCUAAAUAACUCAUUUCUUCUUAUGUCAAAAAAUUACUCUUUAUUGUUUCUUA